AUGGCGUCUGACGGCCCGCAGAAGAUUGCCAUCCUGUCUGUAUAUGACAAAACCGGCCUGCUCGAUCUCGCCAAAGGCCUGGUCAAACAAAACAUUCGCCUCCUCGCAUCCGGCGGCACGGCCAAGCUGAUUCGGGAGGGUGGCUUCCCGGUUGAAGAUGUCUCGGCCAUCACCAAAGCGCCCGAGAUGCUCUCGGGCCGGGUCAAGACUCUCCAUCCAGCAGUCCAUGCCGGUAUCCUAGCCCGUGAUCUAGCCUCAGACGAGAAGGACCUUGCCGAGCAGAACAUCAACAAAGUGGACUAUGUCAUCUGCAAUCUCUACCCAUUCAAGGACACCGUUGCUAAGAUCAACGUUACCAUCCCUGAAGCUGUCGAGGAGAUUGAUAUUGGAGGCGUGACUUUGAUCCGAGCGGCUGCGAAGAACCACGGGCGUGUCACCAUUCUGAGUGACCCAGAGGACUACCACGAUUUCUUGCAAGAACUGGAGAAGGGCGAGGUGACGGACAAGCAGCGGCAAUUGUACGCUCUCAAAGCCUUCUCCCACACUGCUGACUACGACAACGCCAUCUCGGACUUCUUCCGCAAGAAGUACGCCGGUGACGGUGUUCAACAGCUAUCCCUCCGAUACGGCGCCAACCCACACCAGAAGCCUGCUUCCGCAUAUGUCACCAGCGGCAAGCUGCCUUUCAAGGUUCUUAACGGCUCACCAGGCUACAUCAACCUUCUGGAUGCUCUCAAUGCCUGGCCUCUUGUCAAGGAGUUGAGUGAAGCUCUCCAAUACCCAGCUGCCGCCUCUUUCAAACACGUCUCACCAGCUGGUGCUGCCAUUGGUGUGCCGCUGAGCGAUGUUGAGAAGAAAGUCUACAUGGUGGAAGACAUCGAAGGCCUUGACAACUCCGGCCUUGCCCAAGCAUACGCCCGUGCCAGAGGUGCAGACCGCAUGUCCAGCUUCGGUGAUGUCGUUGCCCUGUCUCACGAAGUUGACGUCCCGACCGCCAAGAUCAUCGGAAAGGAGGUCAGCGACGGAGUUAUCGCCCCAGGCUACCACCCAGACGCACUCGCGAUCUUGGCCAAGAAGAAGGGAGGCAAGUACCUCGUCCUUCAAAUGGAUCCAAGCUACACACCAAACCCACAAGAGCUCCGAACUCUCUACGGCAUCACACUCUCACAACACCGCAACGAUGCCCAGAUCUCCCCCAACACAACCUUCAACACAAUCAUCGUCCCCAAGGACUCCAAGCCCCUUGCAGAGCCCGCCCUCCGCGAUCUCACGGUCGCCACGAUUGCUCUCAAAUACACCCAAUCCAACUCCGUCUGUUACGCCCUGAACGGUCAAGUCAUCGGCCUGGGUGCUGGUCAGCAAUCCCGCAUCCACUGCACCCGCCUCGCAGGCGACAAGGCCGACAACUGGUGGAUGCGAUUCCACGAGCGUGCCACCACCAUCAAGUGGAAGCAAGGCAGCAAGCGCGCCGACAAGAGCAACGCCAUCGACCUGCUCUGUUCAGGCAUCGUCCCCGACAGCGGUGCUGAGCGUGAAGAUUGGGAGAAGAACUUCGCCGAGGUCCCCAAGCCUUUCACGGCUGAAGAGCGCAAGGAGUGGCUCAGCAAGUUGUCCGAAGUCGCCGUGUCUAGCGAUGCCUUCUUCCCAUUCACUGACAAUGUCUACCGCGUGGGUCGCAGCGGUGUGAAGUACAUUGCUGCGCCGACUGGUAGCCAGAAUGACCAGGCCUGCUUCGGUACGGCCGAACAGUUGGGCAUCACGUUUGUGGAGCAGCAUAUGCGGUUGUUCCAUCACUAG